AUGGCUGAGGAGCCGCGACGGUCCGGCAGAGCGACCAAGGGCCAGCACAAAAACCUCGAUAUGCCCGAGCCGCCCCCCUCAAAACGAAAAGGCAAAACACAGGGCCAGAGAAAGCAGACAUCAAGCGAGGCAACACCCCCCGCCGCCAAUGAAGAGGAGGAAAUAAUUCGCUGUAUCUGUGGCGAAUAUGAGGAGGAAGAAGAUGUCGAACGCGACAUGAUUUGCUGCGAUAAAUGCUCUGCAUGGCAACACAAUGAUUGCAUGGGUCUUGCUUUCGCAAAAGGCGAUGAGCCUGCAGAAUAUUUUUGUGAGCAAUGCAAACCAGAAAAUCACAAAAUACUUCUCGAAAAAAUGGCGUGUGGUGAGCGACCAUGGGAGGAGGCAGCACAGAAGAGAGCUCAGGCUGCCGAAGAAAAGAAAACUAAGCGCAAGAAAGGCGGAAAGCGUGGAAGGAAGAGCAAAGCAAACGAUAUGAAAUCUGAAAUGAGUGACGCUGCUGCUAGUGGCGCCGCAACACCCAUCCGAGAGACCGCAAACGCCAACAGCGAAGCUCAGAAUACCUCUACAACAAUCACUGGAAAACCCGAAUCUCCCAGUGCCCAGAAAAGGAAAUAUUCGGACCAGGCAGAUAGCGGGCUUCCUGAACCUGGUCCUAAAUCGAAACUUCAACGACUUUCAUUUAGUAACACACCAGGUGCACCUCGGGAAGCGAAAGGUUCUCCCACACUAAGCAGAAAAGCCAGCGUGGCAGGAAGCCCUACUACACACGGGUCAAAUACAAGCCAUUCUCCUAUUGACAUAAUUGGUGGUAGUAUAGACCACUUAUCCCAAUCUAGGAAACCGGUUGCAAAAGCUUUAGUCAGGCUCUUUGUUGAACUGGCUGGAGUAGCCCAAGAGCAAGGGAAAUUUGCAAUACCGGGAGGAAAGACUAAGCAGAGCGUAGGAGAGGACUUGGGGAUUGCCAUCGAGCAAGCAAUGUAUCAAAAUCUCUGCGCGGGGUCGGGAGAGCCUAAUCAAACCUAUAAACAGCAGCUGCGGACCAUAUUGUUCAAUGUAAGGAAGAACCCUUCGUUACGUGAUAGUCUGCUCGUAGGUCGUAUUUCUCCCGAUAGCUUCUCCAAAAUGAGUACGCAAGAUAUGGCCAGUGAGGAAUUGCGACAGAAAGACGAUGAGAUUAAACGUGAAGCAGAACGACAACAUACUAUCGUCCAGGACACCGGCCCACGCAUCAGACGAACUCAUAAAGGGGAAGAGUUUGUGGAAUCUGACCCUCAAUUCGUCGGGACCGAAUCGGUCUUCUCUACCGCUAUUGCUCGCCGAGAUACCCUUGGAGAUGCCGCAAGCCCUCGUGCCGGAAGUCCACAAGCAACACGAACAGGACCAGACACAGGCCAGCAGGACCAGAACCCUCCCCUUAUUGAUACCCGACACGGUGCUGGUGGUACCGGGAGAUCAGCUUCUAGCGACUUCAACAUCCAAAAUGUUUGGUCAAGUGUCCAGUCCCCUGGGGCCGCUCCGCAUCAUGAUGCACCGCAAUUUGGACCUCCAGCAUUCCCACACAACCAUCUACCACCAUCUCAAAACAACGUGCAGGCAGAUGCUGAGAUUGACAACUUACUGAAGGAUGAAGAGCCGGAGUCUCCUCCAUAUUCACCCAAAGACUUUCCCGGGCCAGAUAUUAUCUGGCGCGGGAAGGCUUUGAUGGAUGGCGUAGCCGGAUUUUCUGCCACAGCACGAUAUGUUGGCGGUGCAGACCUUAGCGGGCGGGUUCCAUGGUCCCAAUUGGUUCCUCCUUCGCUGGUUAUUGACGGCCGAAUUGAUUUUCAGCUAGCAACCAACUAUCUUUGUGGGCUUCGAUAUAGCCACACGACAGAUAUCACUGUCAUUGCCAUUCCUCCACCAGAUACCCCUGACGAUAUUGCCAAUUUUAAUAAUUUAUUCGACUACUUUGUUCGACGGCAACGAUAUGGUGUGGUAGGAAAACAUCCACUUGCAACAGUAAAGGAUACAUAUCUCAUUCCAGUCGAGGCAGGUUCGGGCAAAAAGCCUGAAUUCAUGGAAAUUCUCGAGAAUAAUACGAUUGAGGACCCAACGCCAGAACGGCUAUUACUCGUUGUUUUUGUUGUAAAAACAAAUGCCCACCCAUCCAAUUCAACUCCUCAGGCUCCCUCAACAGCGGCUGGUGGAUCAAUGCCAGCCACACCAAGCACUGCCCGUCCUCAGUUCCAGUCUCCCAUUAACACUGAACCAAAAGAACAUUCACAAACGGCGCUGCAUGCGCAAAUGCACCCUCUCCCAACCCAGCCUCCAACUACCCAAUUUCAACCCUCCCCAUUACCGCUGGUUGGAAAAGCGGCCGCAACUCAUGUUUUAGGCGAGCAGCUUGCUUCGACAUCGACCAUCGAAGAAGUGUUAAAACACGCCCCAAAUGCGGAUAUCGCUCAAUUCAACGUCAUUGCAGAGAUAAUAUCAGGCAAUCCAACCGCUGCAAUGAGCUAUGAACAGUUAAUGAAUGCCCUAAUGGAUAAGACAAAUGGAGCCAUGUGA